AUGACACCUGAUGACACUCAACCUAUAGUUCAAUAUGGAUCAAUUGAAAGAAGAGAUUUCUUCUUUGAGCAUGAUAAACAAAGGUUAAAUGUAGAUCCUGAUUUUGAACAGUUAGUAUAUGGCUACAGAACAACAAGAUGGAGGACUUUUGUAACAUAUCUUUUCUCAAUUCUAACUUGUGGUAUACCAUUUUUGGUAUUUCAUUGGGUACCCAGAUUGAAGCUAUAUGCAACAUCUGUUUGCAGCAACUUCCAGGAGGCUGAUCAAGUUUUAGUUAUUGAAACAUACCAAAAGAAAUGUAAAAGUCAUUACAUUCACAGAAUAUUAAUAAAAAAUAUAAAUGACCCUAGUGGGACAUUGAAUUCAGGAUUCGAAGAGGAAUAUGAAAGUGAGAAAAGUCCUAUUGAGAUUGAAGACACAUUACAUACACCUAUACAUUUAGAUGAUGGGAGUACAAUGAAUGUCCAACAAUACAACUACUUUAAUCACAAAAAGCAGUGUCUAAUAUGGGAGCCAAUACGAGCACAGUGGAUUAGGUUAGCUGGUCUGGAACGAGGUACUACUUGUUCCCAAAUUCAUGCCAUGGCAUCGAGACCACCUUGCUCUGAACGUAGACUACGAAUGUUGAACACCUAUGGGCUUAAUGAAAUCAAAGUUCCCGUACAAUCAAUUCUGACUCUCAUCCUCCUGGAAGUGUUCAAUCCGUUCUAUGUCUUUCAAUUAUUCACGAUUGCCGUCUGGUUGGCUGAACCAUACUACUACUACUGCCUUGCUAUAGUGCUAAUGUCAACUUUUGGUGUUGCCACUUCUGUUAUACAGACUAAAAAGAAUCAACAAAGCCUCCGUGCCACAGUAGAAGCUCACGAUACAGUAGAAUUGUGGGGCGGGCGUCGCGUGGACAGUAAGGCUUUAGUACCAGGAGAUGUGGUAAUAUUGUCGGCACACGGCUGUAUGUUGCACUGCGACUUGGCUUUGCUUACCGGGUCUGCUAUAGUCAAUGAGAGCAUGUUAACUGGUGAAUCCGUCCCUGUAACUAAAACAGCUUUACAACACUUAGACAAAGAGUUUGAUGUCAAAGAGCACAGUUCCAGCCUUCUAUUUUGUGGGACUAAAGUUGAGCAGACGCGGUAUUAUAACAAUGAACCCGUUAAAGCCCUGGUCCUUCGAACCGGAUACAAUACAAGUAAGGGUCAGCUAGUUCGCAGUAUUUUAUACCCUGUACCAGCUGACUUCAAAUUUGACCGAGAUUCUUACAAGUUUAUAUUUAUUUUGGCCUGCAUUGCUGUUUUGGGACUCGCUUAUACCGUUGGGUUGAAGGCUUACAGGUCGCUAACAAUCCGCGACAUAGUGAUAAAGGCGCUUGAUAUUAUAACAAUAGUUGUACCCCCGGCGUUACCUGCUGCAAUGACUGUAGGCAGAUUAUAUGCAGUGUCAAGAUUGAAACGCGCGCGUAUAUCGUGCCUUAAUACAAGGGCUGUCAACGUCAGUGGAUCGUUGGAUUGUAUUUGUUUUGAUAAGACAGGAACACUAACAGAAGAAGGCCUAGAUAUGUGGGGGGUGGUAGCUGUGAGUUCAGCGACGUCCCCCCCACUUUUGGGAAGGGCACAAAGGGAGCCCAAAAAAUUAAACGAUAUACACGAAUUAAAGAUUGGUAUGGCCUCCUGCCAUAGCUUGACGUUGUUGCAUGGCGAGCUGGCUGGAGAUCCCUUGGAUCUGAAGAUGUUCGAAUCAACCGGUUGGUUACUAGAAGAGCCAGAUGUACCAGAGCUGUCUAACUAUGAAGUUUUGACACCCACUAUUGUCAAACCGAAAGGUUCUGCAAAUAUCAAUGUUGACGAUUUACACAUGCCUCUAGAAGUGGGUAUAGUACAACAAUAUCAGUUUGUAUCGUCCCUACAACGGUCUUCAGUAGUGGUUCGACUCCUGGGGGAAGACGUACUUAGGGUGUAUUGCAAGGGUGCGCCAGAAAUGUUAAGAACCCUGUGUAGACCUGAGACUGUUCCAGGGAAUCUUAAUGAAGUUUUGAGUUCCUAUGCGGAGAAAGGGUAUCGGGUGAUUGCAAUGUCGACACGUUUACUUGAAGUCACUCACAAACAAUUGCAGAAAAUGGAUAGGCACGAGGUAGAAUGUGAGUUAGAGUUCCUAGGUCUAGUCAUAAUGGAGAAUCGUCUCAAACCGGCAACGACGGGUAUAAUACGAGAACUCAAAGACGCCAAUAUUCAUGUUGUCAUGAUCACAGGUGAUAAUAUCCACACAGCAGUAAGCGUAGCAAAGGAAUGUGGUAUACUUGAGAGUGCGGAACGAGUCGUCCAUCUCACUGUACAUCAGUCGGGCGGACAACCAGCUUUAUACUGCCAGAGUAGUUUGCAAGGGGUCCCAAUGGGAGCUUUGAUCCCAUUUGAAGGCUCGUACAAAAUGGAUGAUAGCGGGGUGGGAUCUUGGGGAGAAAGUAGUAGGAGUGGGAGAAGGAAGAGAAGAGAUGUAGAAGAACCACAAGGUGUCAGCUACAAGUUGGUGAUGACCGGAGAUGCUUGGAGGACCCUCCGCGCUCUUCACCCGGAAAGCGUUGGUCCAGUGGUGGAACGAGGUGCAGUAUUUGCCCGCAUGUCUCCCGAACAGAAACAGCAGUUAAUCACAGACUAUCAAGCCUUAGGAUAUUACGUUGGCAUGUGCGGAGAUGGAGCAAACGAUUGUGGCGCCCUCCGCGCUGCGCAUACUGGCAUUUCCCUAUCUGAACUAGAAUCCAGUGUCGCUGCACCCUUUACUUCCCAACAUCCAGACAUUGUCUGCGUUUCCAGGGUUUUACGCGAAGGACGAGCAGCCCUAACCACAAGCUUCGGCGUUUUCAAAUUCAUGAUCGCAUACUCCCUUACAGAGUUCCUCUCGGUGGCCUUUCUCUACUAUUUCGACGCGAAUCUUACAGAUUUCCAGUUUCUAUACAUAGAUGUCGCUCUAAUCGUGAACUUUGCUUUCUUCUUCGGCAUGACAGAAGCGUACACGGGCAAACUUAGUAAGUUGCCACCUCUAACGUCCCUAUUGGGAAUAGUUCCGUUGGUCAGCUUGAUUGGCCAAAUGUUAUUGAUUAUGGUAGCACAAUAUUUGAGUUAUUUGACGUUAACGUACUUCCCCUGGUACGUGAGGCAUACGUACGAAGGGGAAGAGGCGAACAAGUGUUGGGAGAAUUAUGCGGUUUUCACGAUAUCAAUGUUUCAGUAUAUAAUUCUAGCGAUUGUAUUCAGUCACGGAGCGCCGUAUAGGCGAUCGGUGGUAACUAAUAAACUGUUAAUGAUUAGCAUUCUUUUAAUGACAAGUAUAGGCAUUUAUAUAACGGUUGCGCCUGCGCAGUGGUUGUCUGACUUUUUAGAACUUCAAAUGCCUAAAGAUUUGUUAAUGGCGUAUGUUGUCUUGGCCCUUGCUGCGAUUAACCUUGUAUUAGCGUUGUUUUUUGAGCGAAUUAUAGUUCAAUACUUAAUGGAGAGGAGGCGAAUACUACCGAAGUGUAUAAAAGAAAGACAAGUGAGAAAAACGCCACAUCUAAUGAUCAAGAGGCAGUUGUCUGAAAUGGAUUAUUUAGAAGGUCAUACAUCUAUUAAUUAUGACGUAGAAGGAAUUAAUUCAGGGGAGGGUAGAUGA